UCUGGGAAACCGAGUUCUCAUUCUUUGUAUUUCCAGCCCCUCAUUCCCGUCUCCUGGUACAGCUAACAAGAUGCCGGCCGUACAUCACAAACUGCUCCUUGAGGACGCCUUGCAAGACAGUCCUCAGACCCGCUCCUUGCUGAGUGUGUUUGAGGAAGAUGCGGGGAAUCUGACGGAGUACACCAACCAGCUGCUGCAGGCCAUGCAGAGGGUGUUUGGAGCGCAGAGUGAGAUGGGACUGGCCACAGAGCAGCUUUCACGGCAGCUUCUCGACUAUGAAAAGAAAAACUUUGCACUGGGGAAAGGUGACGAAGAGGUCAUAACUACACUUCAGAGCUUUGCAAAAACCGUCGGAGAGCUAAACUCGCUCCACUCUGAGCUGGCCAACCAGAUGGCCGACAGCAUGGUGUUCCCCCUGAUCCAGUUCAGAGAGAAAGACCUCACAGAAAUAAGCACUCUGAAGGAAAUAUUCGGCAUCGCCACUGAUGAGCAUGAGGCGGCUAUGGUCAAGUACAGCCGACUGCCGAAGAAGAAGGAGAACGAAAAGCUGAAGGCAGACAUGGUGAAGGAGGUGGCCUACACCAGGAGGAAGCAGCACCAGGCCUCGCUGCAGUACUACUGCGCCCUCAAUGCCCUGCAGUACCGCAAGAGAGUCGCAAUGCUCGAGCCCAUGCUGGGCUACACUCAGGCGCAGAUCAGCUUUUUCAAGAAGGGCCUUGAGCUUGUGUCAAAGAAGAUGGAAAGUUUUCUCUCCUCAGUGUCCAACAUGGCCCAAAAUAUCCAGAAGCAGCUGGACGCUGAGGCCGAGACCAUGCGCAUGGCGCAGAAGGAGUUUCUGUCUGUGGAAGACACCGUGUAUAUGCCAGAUAAGGAAACUGAAACCGUCAAUCGCACUCUUAUCCAGAAGGCUGGCUACCUCAACAUUAGGAAUAAAACAGGCCUGGUGACCACGGCCUGGGAUCGACUCUUCUUCUUUACCCAAGGAGGAAACCUCAUGUGCCAGCCUCGAGGGGCCGUGGCGGGGGGCAUGGUGCUGGACCUGGACAACAGCUCCGUCAUGGCGGUGGAGUGCGAGGACAGACGUUACUGCUUUCAGAUAACCUCCCCUUCAGGAAAGACGUCGAUGAUUCUACAAGCUGAGAGCAAAAAGGAGUACGAGGAGUGGAUUUGCACUGUGAACAACAUCUCCAGGCAGAUCUACCUGACAGAUAACCCAGAGGCCGUCGCUAUCAGAUUGAACCAAACCGCCAUACAGGCAGUCACUCCGAUCACCAGCUUUGAGAAGAGACAAGAAGGUUCACCCAACCCCGACAGAGCCAAGCCGGGAGGUGCUCAACCUGCUGGAAGCGACUCCCAGAAAACAGGGGCCGCUCCAGAACCAGAGGACCUGAUCGCUCCUGGGACGCCCAUUCAGUUCGACAUCAUGCUGCCGGCGUCCGAGUUCCAGGACCAGAACAGAGCCGGGGGGAGGCGGACGAACCCUUUUGGGGAAACAGAAGAGAGUACAGGAGCGAGUGAUGACUCCCUCCUGCAGCAGGUGUUCGCCGUGCGCUUCCUGGGCUCCAUGGCCGUUCGGUGCGGAAACAACCAGGAGGUGAUCUACGAGGCCAUGAGGCAGGUGCUGGCGGCCCGCGCCAUCCACAACAUCUUCAGGACCACCGAGGCCCACCUCAUGGUCACCAGCAGCAGCCUCAGGUUGAUUGACCCACAAACUCAAGUAACAAGAAUAAGCUUCCAGCUAGAAGAGGUGUGCCAGUUCGCAGCCCAUCAGGAGAACGGGAGGCUGAUGGGGUUUGUGGUCGAGGGGAGAGACUGGAGCGACGGGAACGAGGAGGGAGAGCCGUCGUUCAGCGCCUUUGUCUUUGAGAGCAACACGGAGGGCGAAAAGAUAUGUUACACCAUAAACUUGGCAAAGGAGAUUACAGAAGCAAAGAAGGAUCCAGAGGCCCUGGCCGAGCUGAUGAAGAACAUGCCUCUGACCAACGACGGCAAGUUCCUUCUCCUGGAACCCGAGACGGGCGACUCGAACAGCGGAGAGAACCAAGAAGACCUGGAGUCUGAGGCCUAGUCGUCAUUAGAACAUUCCUUUUCCUCCAGAAAAAAAAAAACAACAAAACAAAACAAAAACCAGGUUUCAUUACGACCUCCCCGCCCCUAACUCUAGUACUGUAACACCAUCCCAAGAGCGCAGGGUUCAUAUCUCCAGAUUAAGACAUGGCGUUUGACCAGAAACAAAAGUCAAAUCCAUCUCUUUGGGUUCAGUAUCAUCUGUUCCAUGUUUACACCAGUAUGGAUCUUCGAAGUUCUUAAUUUCCUUGUGCACUAUUUUUACACAGCAGGCAGGUCCUAAGGUCCUGCGCCCUGAUUGGUCCUGGUGGUGAAUUAUUCACUUCAGCUUAGGUUUACAUUUGUUUCAUAGUGUGAAGGGUGUUUGUGUACGGAAAGACUCGUAAACCUGUAAGUAAUUAAUCUCUUUUGGCAAUUUUUUUCUUUUCUUUUCUGAACGAAACAAAUAAUGCACUUUUAAGGUUAAGCACUAAUUAAUACAGCAAAAGAAGCUAAAAAAAAAAAAAAAAGAAGAAAGUUUAGACAAUGUUGAUUGCUUUUGCUCACAGUGACUAUAGCGGUUUAUAAUAAUCAGCCAUAAAAUACAGGGCAGGAGAGAAAAUGUUUUGCUCUCUCUCCACAAACUUUAACGCUUCACCAUCUUAAGCAUUCCUGGUGAGCGAUAUUAACAUCAAGCUCGAAGUAGUUCCCCACUACCUGCAUAAAAACAAAUCUGAGGAUAAUCUGUCCGCAACAUCCUCAUUGAACCCCCCCCCCCCC